UGGGCGACGGACUGAAAAUGCAACUCCAGUCCAAAACCACACACAUGCAGGAAAUGCGUGGAGGAGGCAGGCAAGUGCACAUAUAACUACAGUAGGUGUGGAUGGAUUUCAUCUAGUAAGACUCCUCCAUGCAGUUGUGAAACCUUUCCGUGACUCUUUUUUUUUCUAAACUACAAAACAGGCGUCUUACAACAUUGCUACAGAGAGAGAGAGAGAGUCCAGUAAAACUUGCUUUACUCAUGACAACUUCAGCACAAGUUUAUGUUUUGCUACGCCACCUUGUGUCAAAGCCUCGAACUCCAUGAUGUUAUUGUAAGGAACCAACAUCAAGCGGAACCAAUUAGAGCGCCACUGUUUCAGGAGGAACGCGAGCGCUGACGGACCCGGAAGUCAUUUUACCGGUGAAGGAGGUUUGACCGAUAACAUGUAGCUGAAUGUGAAAUUAUGCGAUUCUUGUUUUGACUCCCAAUUCUUAACUGAAGCAGAUUUUACUCCAAACAACACAACAGAGCAUGUUUUAAUUUAACAUGGCAACGGCUGGCAGGUUUCUCUUCCAAAUCCAUCACACUGGAUGCAUCGCGUCAUUCACGAUAAUCCCUGCAGUUACACGACUGGACCCACGGCUCUGCUAUGGUCGUGUGCCAAGGUGGUUCCAUUGCAGUUCAGCGUUUUGCAAGAGCAAACUAGACAGUACAAAUCUUCAGGAAAUAAUCGAGCAUGAGACGGAGAAAAAGACCAAAUCUUUGGUCACACAUGAUGAGCUGUUUGAGCGAGCAGCCAGAGAUGCAAAGAGCAAAGCUAAUUUCAAUCGGGUGCUGGACACCUUCAACAAGAGGGACAUCCGCCGGCGUGGGCAUGUGGAGUUUAUUUACGCUGCUCUGAAGAAAAUGCCUGAAUUCAGCGUGGAGCAAGACAUCACAGUCUACAACAAGCUCUUGGAUGUGUUUCCCAAAGAGGUGUUUGUACCACGGAACUUUAUUCAGAGGAUGUUCAACCACUACCCCAGGCAACAGGAGUGUGGCGUACAGGUGCUGGAGCAGAUGGAAAAUUACGGAGUUAUGCCUAACGUGGAAACUAAAGUCCUCCUGGUUCAGAUCUUUGGAGAGAAGAGCCACCCGAUGAGGAAGUACCAGCGUAUCAUGUAUUGGUUUCCCAAAUUCAAGAAUCAGAAUCCAUUCCCAGUGCCUCACGAGCUCCCACAAGACCCAGUGGACCUUGCCCGCUUCAGCCUCAUCCGUAUCGCUAAUGACCUGGAUGCUAAAAUUACAGUUUAUCAGUUUCCUUCAACACACAUCACAGAGGCAGGAGAGGAGAUCUCACACCCACAUAUCAUUGGUAUCCAGAGUCCAGAGCAGUGCACUCUGCUUUCCAAGCACAACCCAAACAGACCUGUGUUUGUGGAAGGCCCCUUUCCUCUGUGGCUCAGGAAGACCUGUGUACAUUAUUACCUUCUCAGAGCCGACCCUAUCCCCCCUGAGGAGCAGAUCGAAGAGGAGCUCGAUCCUGAGUUGAUUGGUCCAGAACAGAGCUUGUUCUAUCCCCAGCGUAUUGACCUGGACCUUAAUAGGGACUUGGGAGACGAUGACAGCUUUGAUGUGGAUGAUGUGGUGGAAGGGGCGGUCUAUGCCAUGUGCAUGACAGGGCAAGGUGAUCAAGCUACACUAGCACAGUGGAUCAGUGGGCUGCAGGAGAACAACCCAGUCUUGGGGCAGGUUCCCACUGUGUUUCGUCUGGAUUCUGGAUUCAGAGAACUGCAGAAAGUUGAAGAUAUUCGCCAUGAUUCCGGACAAAAUCAACACCCAGGCUCUGAAGAGGAGCACACCAUCGAGGAGGAAGUAUUGCACUCGCAGGGUAUGAAGCAGUGACUGGGCAGCAGUCAGCAGAGUGUUUUUUUUCUCGGAAAUUAGUCAUGGCCUUGGACUCUAGUUUGUAUCUUGAGUAACUAAACACUGAUAACCUUAUUCGUUAAAUAAACUAAGAUUAUUUGGCUCAAACAAGAUGCUUUAUGUUAGCGCUCAGUUCAGAUAUGACUCAUUUUGUGAUUCAGUUCUCAGAGAGCUGAGCAGGUUUGACUAAGAUGGACUACAAAGUUUAAAAGUAUAUUUAAUUUAGACUGGUAUGAAGAUAACCUCAUGAGACAGGUGCCCUGUUGAAGGCACUUUUAAUAACAAGCAGUCAUAGCACGCCUAUUUUGUCGUCAGGUUUGAAAUGGACUGAUCAUGUUGCCUGUAAUUGCAUACUGUUUGUGUAGGUUUGUUAAAGCUGUCAGUGCAAUAAAUAAGUUUUCUCUUUUUA